UCUAAGGUAUUUGGGUCUGAGAACUGAAGCUUCAGGGAAUCCUGCCAAGGACUUGCUUUAUUUCAUGUAUGACCUGAACGCAGGUUGUUAAUCUAGUUCUGUGAAGAGCAGACAUGAACUUGUAUGCAAGAAGGGUAACUUUGCCUACAGUUACUCCAAUAGUUCUGCAAAAGAGGGUAAUAAAAGUGUACAGUGAAGAUGACACUAGCCGAGCUUUGGAAGUACCAAGUGAUAUAACAGCCAGAGAUGUAUGCCAGUUGUUAAUACUGAAGAAUCAUUAUAUUGAUGACCACAGCUGGACUAUAUUUGAACACCUUCCUCGAAUAGGUUUAGAAAGAGCUCUAGAAGACCAUGAAUUGGUGAUGGAAGUUCUGUCAAACUGGGCAAUGGAAGAGGAAAACAGACUUUACUUUAGGAAAAAUUAUGCCAAAUACGAGUUUUUUAAAAACCCAGGGAGUUUUUUUCCAGAGCACAUGGUUUCUUUUUCAAAUGAGACAAGUGGAGCUAUAGGCCAUACAGAGAUAUUACAGAUGUUCCUCAGUUCCAGCACAUAUCCGGAAAUUCAUGGUUACCUGCAUGCAAAGGAACAAGGGAAGAAAUCUUGGAAAAAAAAUUACUUUCUCCUGAGAAGAUCCGGACUAUACUUUUCUACUAAAGGGACAUCAAAGGAACCAAGGCAUCUGCAGUUUUUCUGUGAAUUCAGCAAUAGUGAUAUGUAUAUGUCUUUGGCAGGCAAAAAGAUGUCUGGAGCACCAGCAAACUAUGGAUUCUGCUUUAAGCCUAACAAAUCAGGAGGAACCAGAGACCUGAAACAGCUUUGUGCAGAUGAUGAACAGAGUAGGACCUGUUGGAUGACAGCAAUUAGAUUACUUAAGUAUGGGAUGCAGCUAUAUCAGAAUUACAUGCGCCCGUAUCAAGGCAGAAGUAGCUUCAAUUCUCUGAAUAUAUCUCCUACGAGAAGUAUUUCAGAAAAUUCUCUAGUCGCAAUGGACUUCUCAGGACAUAGAAGCAGAGUUAUAGAAAAUCCAACAGAAGCACUUUCUGUUGCAGUUGAAGAAGGGUUAGCAUGGCGGAGAAAAGGGUGUUUACGACUCAAUGCACACGGUAGUCCUUCUGCCUCUCAAACUGCCACACCAAAUAUUGCUAUACACAGAUCACAGCCAUGGUUUCACCAUAAGAUCUCGAGGGAUGAAGCUCAGCGACUUAUUUUGCAGCAAGGGCUUAUAGAUGGGGUUUUCUUGGUACGGGAUAGUCAAAGUAAUCCCAAAGCAUUUGUAUUGUCAUUGAGCCAUGGAUUAAAAAUAAAGCACUUUCAAAUCGUACCCUUAGAAGAUGAUGGGAAGCAAUUCUAUACACUGGAUGAUGGCCAUACCAGAUUUACAGAUCUUAUCCAGCUAGUGGAGUUCUACCAGCUCAAUAAGGGAGUACUGCCUUGCAAGUUAAAACACUAUUGUGCUCGGAUUGCUCUUUAACCAAAGCAUCAGUCGAUUCACCAACAGAUGAAGAGAAGAGGGAGAUGCUAGAACGUAUUUCCCCCCCCAAGACAAAUAUUUUGGUGCAAGGUGGAAAAGUCUUUACACUGAAAUGUUUGUAAAUUUCAGGUGGAAGGGAAACCUCAUAUGCUUCGUAGAUAAGUACUUUGGAUUGUAAUUAUCCAUUACAGGAUAACUUUCAGUAAACCGUGAAUUUAAGAAAAAGGUAUAAUUGUACAGUGUAGCAGCCUUGGAAUUCUCCUUUGAAUGACAACAAAAACUAUUUUAAAUAUUGUGUAACUUUAUUUACAAAAAUAAUAUUGAAGGGUGCCUCGUUGGUAAUAGUUUUCAAAAUUAUUAAAUGCCUUUGGAAAUGUUUCGCACAGAAUUUCUAUUCAACAGGUUGGGAUCUGACACACUUUGGGUGAAAAAAGUAGAAGUUGGAUUGCACAUAACUUGUAAAUAAAAUAAAAAUUAUUUUACAUUAUAUUUUUGAAUGCUACUUUGGCUUUAUCACAUUCAAAACUAAAAUUAUUCUGAAUUAAUCAAUU